AUGACUUAUGUUGAAAAUUUCCGAAAUACCUUGGUAGUCGAUAUUCUCGAAGCCUUUGGGCUCGUGAAAUUGUCGAGCAACUUUGCUCCUCAACCGGAAACGCAACCUCAGCUUCAAGCUACUCUAUCUAAUACUUCAGUUUUGUUGGAUAAAAAUGGUGAAGAUAACAAUAGCAGCGAGAUUCCUGUUGGCUUUAGUAAUGCUGAAAUGACCACCGAGGUGGCUGUUGAUGCGGAAAAGAAGGUGGAAUCAAAUGGUAUCCCUGGACUGUUUACACCAUCUGAAGAGCGGCCAGAACCCGUUGAUCCGUUUCUUGUAGAUUGGAAUGGUCCUAAUGAUCCAGAGCACCCUCAUAACUGGCCAAGAUGGAAGAGAGCCAUGGUGGUAUUUCAGGUCAUGCUUUUGUCCUGUGUUACUUACAUGGGUUCGUCUAUUUAUACCCCAGGUCAACUUGCAAUUCAAGAAGAGUUUGGUGUGGGUCAUGUUGUUGCUACUCUAAACUUGUCUAUUUAUGUGCUAGGAUAUGGUUUGGGUCCCAUGAUAUUUUCGCCGUUGUCUGAGGAAGCUACUUUUGGUAGAAACAUCAUCUACAUGGUCACUUUGUUUCUCUUCUUCAUUCUUCAAAUUCCCGCUGCAUUGGCUACCAAUAUUGGUGGCCUAAUCGUUGUAAGAUUCAUCACCGGUGUGUUGUCUUCUCCUGCCAUUAGUACUGGUGGUGCUACUUUAGGUGAUAUUGUCUCCAGCAGUCAUACUCUUCCAAGACUGAUUGGAGCUUGGGCUUGUGGAGCCGUCGCUGCGCCAGGUAAGUUUCUCUGUCGAUAA